AUGUUGGCCUCAGUCAAGAGUACGGAGUAUUCUAAGUUGGCCACAAGGAGUCCAGGCUUCCAAGAUUCAGAACAAGAAUCCCUUGAAGAGCGAAAUUGCCGAAGGAAAACCUGGAAACCGUGGUCGAUCCGACCGGUUUUUCUGACGUUUUUCAUAUGUUUUUGUGUCGCACUCACUGUUGUGGUUGAGUUACUUCUUCGAAAGUCUCACAGAGAUGGGGGCCUCAUUUUCAAGGAGCUAGACGAAGAGGCUCUGCCGAUGAAAGCAGAUGUCUUGUUCAAUUACCUGCCUACAACUAUUUCAGUUGCUUUCGGUCUUGUUUGGGCCAGCGCAGACCACAACUACAAGCGCCUCGAGCCAUUUUUCCAGUUAUCAAAACCUGGGGGCGCUACUGCAGAGCACUCUUUAUUACUCGAUUACUCUUAUAGCUUUCAACUUUUCAUUCCGUAUAAGGCCUUCAAAAAAAGGCACUGGUCUGUUUAUUGUUCCAGCACAAUCAUGCUCGCUCCCGGAAUUCACUACCGCCGAAUACGCUAUUCUUCCUUUUCAGAGCCCCCAGGAAUGGAAAACGGAGACAGAUGGGCUGCGGAGAGCAUUCUUUAUGAAGCUGAUUUUAAUUGCCGUGAUGCAAAGAUAGUAGAGACAAAAUAUGGGUGCAAUAUCACAAACGAACAAGAUUGCUCCUAUCAUUUUAUACAAAAGGCUGCGGGUAAUGAUACUCAAGUAUGGGACGGUACUGGCAUAUCCCCAGCCGAGGGGCUGCGGGCGUUAGAGACUUUAUCCGAGCCGAUCCGCGGUAGCUAUAGAGGGGUUGACGGAUUUUUUUUCGGAUAUGCGAAUAAUUCAAGAGAGAGGUCACCAGAUCUUUACUCGCUGUCUUCACCUCUAGCACACUGUUCAGAUAAGCACAAAUUUCUCGUCUCGAGUGGUGGGUUUUUGGGUAUUAUUGGGCCACAAACGAACUUUACCAUAUUUACGUCAAAAUUCUGCACCCCCGCAUACUGGUCGCAGUCCGUCAAGGUCACAAUGGAGAUGACAAAAUCAGGCGUCGGGCGCAUUGUAAAUGUUGACCGUCUUAAAGGCAAAAUAAACCCGUUCAAUGGCUUUAAUAUCACAAGCUUCGAAGAGUUGGUUGCAACCGGUCGAGCUUCGCCGUCAGAAAACCUGUUCGGUGACUUUCCGCUAGAUGCUCCUAGAGCCCCCGAGACAUAUAAGAGCUACCAUCUCAAUCCACGGUCUCUGGAGUCUCUUCCGUGGGGCCAUGAAGAUGCAUUUAAGCUCUUGUUCGCACUUGCUGUUUCUUCCGAAUUUGUGGACGAUAGUCAGAAUUCAACUACGAUUAUCAAUAGCAUUCGACUACACAGAACUCAGGCAUAUGUUACAAAUGAACUCUGGUGUAGACUUUCACAAGUAGGAUUUGGAGUUCUAAGCCUUUUGACUUUCUGUCUUCUGGUUUCCACGUGGAAUCGAAAAUGCAAUCUUGAUGGAGAGCCAAACAGUCUUGCCGCUCUGAUGCAGACACUAUCACAGAGCCCAGCUCUGCGUCAGAAAAUGGAAAACUCCGAGUUUCGUCAUCCUAUCGAUCAACGCGAAUUAUUAAUUGAAAGCAAAAGCAUCUAUCGACUUCGUUUGAGCAACGACCAAGGCCCAUAUAUAGAAGUGACCGAUGUGGAAGGAAAAAAAAACGUGCAACCUGAGAGCUAUGAUCUUUACAAUGAACCAGCGCAAAAGGAAGGCCUCGCGCCAGUCGAAAUGGUUUGGGGCCCAAUAGGGUUUUUAUACACUUUUUACUUUACUAUCCUGUUAUCGUUAAUAUUGUUCGUGUAUAUUGCCGACAAAACGAAAGGAGGACUCCGAUUCUACGCACCUGAGUCUUCUUUCAAGUUUAAGCUUAUAUUUUCAAACCUACCCACUAUCACUGGCACUUCAAUAGAGCCGUUAUGGGUACUUAUCGGAACAUAUGCCUGCAUGGUUGCACCUUACGAAAUCCUUCGUCCUGGCCACGCACCAAGUUCCAAGACUUUAACAAUAGACUACGAUAAAACACCACCGCACUUCCAAACAUUUCAAGCACUCAAAACCGGAAAUUUUGGCCUUGCUGCACUUACCAUCGCUAUUAUUCUUGCCAAUUUCUUGGCGGUAGCUCUUGGAGGCCUCUUCUCCCCGCGUCCAUUUAUAUCCACAAAAGUUGGAUCUUUCCAGAUAGAACCACUCAACAUUACCAGCAAUCAAUUCAUGGGUGAAGAUUCAUAUUUCCUUCUAGCGGCAAACCUAUCAGGAAACGCCCUGUUACCAAACUGGACUGUACCAGAGUUUUAUAUCAUGGAGUUCGGAGAAUAUGGGACUGACUGGGUUUCGAGUACUGUGAGUAUGGAGGCUGAAACCUUAGGUUUCGGGACAAAUAUCUCCUGUGAGCUACUACCAGAAAAUGAAGUAAUAAUUCGGAGGAAACCAACCGAUACCCCAAACAAUUUUCAGCUGGAUGUCGACCACGGAUGCUGGGUCACAUCAGUUUCAGCACAGGAUAACUGUCAAGGUUCUUGUUCGAACGAAACCAGUACCAAUACCAGUACAGGUUUCCUGAUAGAUUCGAGUUGUCCUGGAACCUUUUUUGUGGGCUGGGCUGAAUGGCUCCCUCAAUAUACCAAAACCAAAGCAACUGUACUUGUUUGCAACUCUAGCAUGAUAAUUUCCAAAGUUUCGGCAACUGUGGACUCGUUACAUCAGAUCGUUUCGUACAAUAAGCUCGGAAUGAUCUCAGAAGCGGAUGUCGAUAAUAUGAUCAGUAGGACGCUUCCCAUUAUCCCCGGGACUAGUCGAGCGGUAGCAUUCGAUGACCUUUUUCAAAAAUCAAUUUCCACAUCGUCCAAUGUUGCAUGGAUUGAUGUUCUCAUGGCGCAACUGCAACCUCAAGUCCGCCAAACUGGUAAUGGAACCAAAAUGCCGGAUACGACUUACGUUGUAGAAGCAUUUGAAAGUGCUUAUAGACAAUUGUACGCGGUGAAUCUACGAAUGAACGCCGAGCAUGAUAGCUCCAUAUCUUAUCCUAGGGUUGAUUUUGAUACUAUUUACAACAAAACAUCCAUGCAAUAUAGGGUUUAUGUUUCAACUCCAAUGUUUAGCAUCUCGCUUUCAAUUAUAAUUUCUUUCGUCCUGCUCCUAUUGUGGGUACACAUAGUACGUCCUGGACGAGGCCUUACCCACUUGCCGAGAAGCAUGGCGGAUACGUUUACACUCCUCUACGCAAGUGAUGCCAUGGAGGAUUGCUCGCAGCUCCGUGGAGAAAAUGUGAGGGCGAGGGGAAGGGUAUUGGACAAAAUGGAGGAUUCGUACGGAUAUGGGCUUUUUAAGACUCCUGAUGGGGAAGAACAUUUUGGUGUGCAUAAGGGCUCCUCCAGCCCCGACGAAAGAGAAUCGGAGAAGGAUGUUUCUCGAGUGAGUAUAGACGAAGUCUGA